AUGGGCUUGUCUAUCUCCAAGUUGUUCAGCAACCUUUUCGGCAACAAGGAAAUGAGAAUAUUGAUGGUCGGGUUGGACGGCGCUGGUAAAACCACCAUCUUGUACAAGUUGAAGCUCGGCGAGAUCGUGACCACGAUCCCCACCAUUGGCUUCAACGUCGAGACUGUUGAGUACAGAAACAUCUCGUUCACCGUGUGGGACGUGGGUGGACAGGACAAAAUCAGGCCUUUGUGGAGAUACUACUACCAGAACUCCCAGGGUAUCAUUUUCGUGGUCGACUCCAAUGACAGAGACCGUAUUGCCGAGGCCCGCGAGGAGUUGCAGCAGAUGCUCAACGAGGACGAGUUGAGAAACGCCUUGUUGUUGGUGCUUGCCAACAAGCAGGACUUGCCAAACGCCAUGAACGCGGCCGAGAUCACGGAGAAGUUGGGCUUGCAUUCCAUCAGACAGAGACCUUGGUACAUCCAGUCCACCUGUGCCACGACCGGAGACGGUUUGUACGAUGGCUUGGACUGGUUGUCCAACAACUUGAAGAAGUCCAACUAG